AUGGGAGACCUUCCCAGGGUCAGAGUGACUCCUCCCGCGCGCGCGUUCCUUCACAGCAGGCUGGACUAUGCGGGUCCAGUACUAAUUCGAUCGCGAUCGGGUCGUGGAGUCGCUUCGGCAAAGGCAUAUAUCGCACUAUUCGUGUGCAUGGCAACACGUGCCGUGCAUCUCGAACUCGUCGAAGGUUAUUCUACUCCCGCAUUUCUCGGACCCUAUUCCCGUUUUGUAGCGCGGCGAGGUCUUCCCGAAUCGAUUUAUUCUGAUAAUGGGACUACCUUCGUUGGGGCGGAUCGCGAACUUGCUGCAGCGUUUCGCGCAACUCUUCGGGAUCCCGAUUUGCAGAAUCGCACGGCCGCAGAUAGUGCCUCGUGGCAUUUUAUACCUCCUUCCGCUCCUCAUUUCGGGGGGUUAUGGGAGGCCGGUGUCCGUAGCACAAAGCAUCAUAUUCGGCGUGUUGUGGGGGCUCAUACUCUGACCUUCGAGGAGUUCUCCACGCUACUAUGUAAUAUCGAAGCGUGUUUAAAUUCGCGUCCAUUGGCAUCUCUUUCUGACUCGCUGGAUGACUAUACUUUCUUAACUCCGGGGCAUUUCCUCAUAGGCUCCGCGCUUAAUUCGAUCCCGGAGCCGUCGCUGUUGCAAGUCAAAGAAAAUCGGUUGACGAGGUGGCAGCUCGUUCGCCAACUGACCGAACGUCUGUGGAAAGUUUGGCAACAAGACUAUAUUAAUACACUGCAACAGCGAGUUCAAUGGAAGCGCGUAAAUCCACACGCACUUCGGGUCGGACAACUCGUCCUAUUGCGAAACUCGCUCCUCCCUCCGUGCAAAUGGGAGCUUGGGCGGAUUAGUCUGUGUCAUCCAGGAUCGGACGGUCUUAUUCGUGUCGUGACCGUUAAAACAGCGUCUUCGGAGUAUAAGCGGCCUAUCAGCAAAAUAUGUAUUUUGCCAAUCGACAUCGAGAAUGCAUCUAAUGGCGAGGACAAAGCGUCGUCUUAA